AUGGGAGGAAAACAGAAAAAAGUGAUUCCAGUCAACAGCCACCUGCAGAAUCCUAUUCAAGAGAAAGAAGCACUGAAGAGUCAUAAUUGUGUCUUGAUUUGUAAAUCGGAGACAGAGGGAAACAAAAACCACACUCCAGAAAGUAGCUUAAUUGGACUCACUACUAAGAUGUUAAAAGUGAAGAGGCUGGAAGAAUUCAACACAUGUUACAACAGCAAACAGCUGGAGAAAAUGGCCCUUUUUCAGUGCAGGGAAGAGGUGGAGAAAGUGAAGCAUUUUCUGGAAGAAAAUUCUGGGGACCAGGAUUCAAGACCUGAGCAUAAUAAGGCCAAGGAGGUGUGGUCAAAUGCCGACCUGACGGAAAGGAUGCCUGUCAAAAGCAAAAGGACAUCAGCCUUUGCAGUUGACAUCCCGGCUCCUCCUGCCCCAUUUGAUCAUCGUAUUGUGACAGCCAAGCAAGGAGCGGUCAACAGCUUCUAUACUGUGAGCAAGACAGAAAUCCUAGGAGGAGGGCGUUUCGGCCAGGUUCACAAGUGUGAGGAGACGGCCACAGGUCUGAAGCUGGCAGCCAAAAUCAUCAAGACCAGAGGCAUGAAGGACAAGGAGGAGGUGAAGAACGAGAUCAGCGUCAUGAACCAGCUGGACCACGCGAACCUCAUCCAGCUGUAUGAUGCCUUUGAGUCUAAGGACGAUAUUGUCCUGGUCAUGGAGUACGUGGAUGGUGGGGAGCUGUUUGACCGUAUCAUUGAUGAGAACUACAAUUUGACGGAACUUGAUACCAUCCUGUUCAUGAAGCAGAUAUGUGAGGGGAUAAGGCAUAUGCAUCAGAUGUACAUUCUCCACUUGGACCUGAAGCCUGAGAACAUCCUGUGUGUGAAUCGGGAUGCUAAGCAAAUAAAAAUUAUUGAUUUUGGAUUGGCCAGAAGAUACAAACCCAGAGAGAAGCUGAAGGUGAACUUUGGAACCCCAGAAUUUCUCGCCCCUGAAGUGGUAAACUAUGAUUUUGUUUCCUUUCCAACUGACAUGUGGAGUGUGGGGGUCAUCGCCUAUAUGCUACUUAGCGGUUUGUCCCCUUUCCUGGGUGACAAUGAUGCCGAGACGCUGAACAACAUCCUGGCCUGCAGGUGGAACUUAGAGGAUGAAGAAUUUCAGGACAUCUCAGAGGAGGCCAAGGAGUUCAUCUCCAAGCUUCUGAUUAAGGAGAAGAGUUGGCGAAUAAGUGCAAGCGAAGCUCUCAAGCACCCCUGGUUGUCAGACCACAAGCUCCACUCCAGACUCAAUGCCCAGAAGAAGAAGAAUCGUGGCUCUGAUGCCCAGGACUUUGUGACCAAAUAGUCUACAGGAGGCACCCAUUUGAAAGGAAAACUGCUGCGGUUGCUGCUGCUUCGAGAAAAUUUUUUGAAAAAUCAGCAGUUCUGAUGCCUUGACCCCUAUGAUGAUUGGCAGUCUUAGCAGGGGGAGCCCUCGACCCUGAAUUUGAACUUGAACUGGAGUUCCUCUGCUGCGUUCAGAGGGACGCCCAGCGCCGCGGUCUGCUCUCAGGUCGCAGACACAUCCCUGCACCCGGUGGUAGUGACGCUGGGAAGAUGUUCCCUGCCAUCUUGAGAUUUUUUACUUCUAAAAAAUUUGUUUUGAUCUUAGUCACUGGGGCAGGGGGUGCAUUGUGUCUGCUAUUUCUCAGACGACUACAGCCAUGACACUUGAGAUUUGUCGGAGAUUUUAAAACUGGAGGAUGCAUUUGGAGGGAGGAAGCUACUUCUAGCCAUUAGACUAUGCCUUUUGAAGGGGCAAUUAGAUGGCCAGAAAGAAUUCUAACUCCCAUGCCCCCUUGAAGACGUAGUUUCUCAGACUCUGUCAUUUUGAUUUGGUCUACGGUCAUGUGACUACAAUGGAUAAAUAAUUUCCUUGCUGGAACAGAAGCCGUCUUUGAAUUCUCCAACAAGAGGCAUCAGCCCCUGUGUCUUUCCUUUAUUCUUACUUGUCCCGGAAGUGCGUUUUCUUCCAAGUAGCUGAUUCUGUUUUUCACAUCUAUACUCCCUGCACCCUUCUGACUGACAGUUCAUCCCCACAAAACACAUUGGUUUUGAGAGGUGAUGCGAAAAGUAUCUGCUUAUGGUUGGUCUUUGAAAUUCUGACCUUUGGAAUAAUGUCAACAGCCACAAGAGGUUUCCUCAAGCCCCAGUUGUCAGCGAAAAGAGACGGAUCUGCACCUCCAGGAGCAAG